CUAUGUGUAUCUUUUGUUCCCUCACCCCCCCUCCCGGGUGUUUGGUUUGGUCAAUAAAAUAGAGAUCUCAUUCAAUGUUUUCAGUUAAUUUUUUUCUGUUUAUUUAAAAUAAUAAAUUGUGGUUUAUUGUGAAGAAGACGACUACGUGCAGUCCUUGCUGGGUCUACUACUAUGUAUGGGUUCACCUUUUCCCGAGUUAAAAAAAAAAAAAAAGAGUAAUAUAAAUGGGAAUCAAUGUUUUCUGGGCAAGUCUCUCUCUCGGAAAACAGAGUAGAAUUUGGAUUUUAUUACAUACUUUCUUCCUUCCAAUGAAAACAGAUUUGAAAAACCCUGCCUUUUGAUUGAUUGAUUGAUUCUUUAUAUGUUUGUACCACCAUACCAACAAGAUGGCUAUCUCUCCAUCAAAACCUCAAACAAGCUCACGGAGUUUCACCAGAGCUUUGUCAUUAGCCUUCAACGAGUGGCUACUAAUCCUCAUGCUCUUCAUCAACUCCAUCUUCUCCUACCUGAUCACAAAGUUUGCAGAUCACUCCGACCUCCAAUCUCCAUGUCUCAUGUGCUCUAGCCUUGAUCACAUCCUCGGAAGGACGACAAAACAUCUGAAGAAGUCUCAUUGGGACAUGGUCUGCUCCAAACACAAAACAGAAAUCUCUUCUUUGGUUUACUGUCACGCUCAUGGCAAACUCGUUGACGUCAGGGGAAUGUGCGAGGCUUGUCUCUUCUCCUUUGCUACGACCAACAAGUCAAACGCUGAGACUUACAGAUUGUUGGUUGGGAAGCUGGGUGAAGACUCUUCUUCCUUUGGAGGAGGAUCCAAGAGUGAUCCAAACACAGGUCGAAGAUACUGCACUUGUUGUAACCAGCUUUGGAUGAUGCCACAGCAAACCGGUUUUAAUGAUCAGGAGGUGGUGGCUAAACCGGUGACGCUACCGAAGAUUCGUGUGGUUAGUAGUCUGAGAACCGGGAAACAAUCUAACACACCAAAGAAAAGUGUUAGUUUCAAUCAUUUGCCUGAUGUUGGUUACACUGAGCUCAAGGUUCAUUCGGAUACUGAAUCAGAAGCUGUGUUUUCAGAGGAUGAAGGUGUAGCGGUUAAAGAGAAGGAUGAUCAUAAGUUUCAAAGCGUGGAUCUGGUGACUCCUCGAGUUAUCACCUUGCCUUAUGCUAUGGCUACUGAUAAGCUGCUAGACCUUGACUUCCCUUUGCAAGAGACCGGUUUAAGAAUUAUUGAUUCUUUUUUUCCUGAGAUUGUUCCAGCUAAUGACGUGCCUGAAACGUCAGAGAAGGUGUUGAAGGAGAAGGAUACCAGUUCAUUAGAUAGCCUUUUCUUUACAUCAAGCGCCAUGGAACAUCAUUCUGAUUCUGCAGCUGUUUUGAAGGAGAAGGAAGAUCUGAUUCACUUCCAAGAUGUUUCUUUAACACCAGAUGCCUUAAUGGAGGAGGCAGAGCUUGUUCCGGUUAAUGCCCUGCCUGAAGAAACAUUAAACAAGGUGUUAAAGGAAGAAGAGAUCAUUUCAUUAGAUAAUCUUUUCUUAUCAUUACGCUCCAUGGAGCCUUCUGAAGCUGUUUCUAAGGAGACAGAGCUUAUUAGCCUCAGAGAUAUUAUUUCAACAUCAUCAGUUGCAGCUGAAAUUCUUUUAAUGGGAGAGGAUGCUUUACAGGGGAAGGGAGAUCUUGUUCACCUCCUAGAUAUGUCAUUAACACUAGAUUCUAAGGAAACUCUUGCUGAUGCCUCAGUGGAGGAGGAGUCUGAGCUUGUUUGCCUCAAUGAUGCUACUUCAACAACAUCAUCAGAAGCCUCUGAAACUCCUGAAGAUGUCUUAGUAGGAGAGACUGUUUUAGAGGAGAAAGAAGAGCUGGUUCACCUCCAAGAUAGUGAAGAUUUUGGGGAAAAACCUGCAGAUUCCUUGAUGGAGAAGUCUGAGCUUGUUUGCCUCAAUGAUCUUACUUCAACAUCAUCUGAAACUCCUGAAGAUAUCUUAAAGGGAAAUGAACUAAUGCCUCUCCAUGCCACAUCUCCAGACGAGGUUCCUGAACCUGUUGUUGAGACGUCGAAGGAGAAGGACACAAACCAAGAUGAUAUAGCCUCUCUGGAACCUGAAUAUGUAGUUGUAUCACCUUCAAAAUCUGCACAAUCCAUGCCUGAAUAUUCAACCGAAGACUGUGUAUCAGAAGACAAGGAAAAGAAAGAGACCUCUGUAUCCGAAAUGGCUUCUCACACAGAAGCUGCGGCACCUGAGUCAGAAUCUGCAUCUUUCAACUCAAUGUCUGUGGCAGCAGAUACAAACAUUGGCUCAGGUGAGUUGCUUGAUCUUGCUGAUACAUACAAUUCCAUCCCACACAAGGAAGGUAGUAAUGAUGGAGAAGCACACAUAGAACAAUGGAUGAAGAAAGACACUUCCAGAGUUAGCGAAGACCUUAAAUCACUACUCACUCAUAUCUCAUCUUCUCGUGGGAUAGAGCUUCUGUCGCCUAGAGGUAUUAGCCCCAAGAUAUCUAGUGAUCAGGAGACAAAGGACUUAGAUCUCGACAUGCAGUUGCUGAUCCAAAAGAGAAUGCUAGAAAGGAACGAGAGCAACUUAUCGUUAGAAGAAGUUUCCGUGAGCGAGAUAGAAGGAGAAAGCGAGAGUGAUCGGUUGAAAAGACAAGUUGAUUACGACAGGAAGCUGCUUACUGGUCUGUAUAAAGAGCUGGAGGAAGAAAGAAGCGCUUCAGCGGUUGCUACGAACCAAGCAAUGGCUAUGAUCACGAGGCUGCAGGAAGAGAAGGCUUUGUUUCAGAUGGAGGCUUUGCAGAAUCUUAGGAUGAUGGAAGAGCAAGCUGAGUAUGAUAUGGAAGCAAUACAGAAACUGAACGAUUUGCUUGUUGAGAAAGAAAAGCUUAUUCAAGAUUUAGAAGCUGAGAUUGAGUACUUCAGGGACCAGACUCCACAGAAGAAGAAGCUAGAUGUUGCAGAAAACGUGACCGAGAUAAAGAACUGUUUGACUGGUUUCAACGAAGAGAGGUUAUACAUCACAAGUUGUUUGGAGAAUCUUGAGAGAAACGGUGAGGCUCAUGUGGAUAACGUAGCAACACAAGAAUCUGUUUCUGAGCUAAGUGAGAGAGUAGAGAAGCUGAAGGGAGACUUGUAUUUUCUAGAACAUGUUGUGAAUUCUCUGGGGAAUGAGGAUGAAAGUGUAGAAUUUGUGAAGGAGAUAGCUUCUCAUUUGCAAACGUUGAGGAGUCUCAGCAUGAAAAGACGUAAUGAUGCAGAGAGUUGAUACUGUUGUCUACCUGUAAAACAAACCUUCACAUAAGAUAACUUUGUGGAGAAGAUAUUGUAGAGAAGUCUAAGAAGAAUACAAGAGUGGUGAAAAAAGCUCAAGGAGUCAGUACAGCAUCUUCAAGAUGGCCUCUUCUUCUUUCCAUUACAAUAACAAUCUCAGUAUUUUACAAUUUUUACAGGAAUCAUUCAUAUUUUUGGGGGUGUGGUGUUCAUAAUUUUAUUUGUGGGUUUGUUUUGCAUUUUCAAUUGUUUUUCUUGUGCUGAAGUCCUCAUUUAAACAUUCUUUAAAUAGAUUGAUAAUUUUGUUUAUAAUGUCAAAAGUCA